AUGGACCAAAGGAAUCAUCAAAGGGAACCAAACUUCAUGGAGAUCAUCAGAAGUAAGAGAGGUACCUGGGGCAGAAAGCAUGUGGCAACUGUGGCAUCAACUGUCUAUCGAAUAGUGGGCUUGACACAACCUCUGAAGGGAUGGAGAAGUAAAACUGAAAAUGCCACCAGUGGACUCAUGUCCGCUCUGAGAGAUCUGUAUACUGAAAAACAACGCCUUAUGGACAAGGGCAAAACUAAGGUAGAGGAGGAAGAGGAGGAAGAGGAUGAUGAUGAUGAUGAUGAUGACGAUGACGAUGACGACGAUGAUGAUGAUGAUGAGGAGGAGGAGGAGGAAGAGGUUUUUGUUUUUGAUAGUAAAACAUGUUUGCUACAAGUGAACUUUAAUUUAGCCAUGUGUGUAUUUCUCUGAUACCAAGGAGGAAGAGGAGGAAGAAGAAGAGGAAGAAGAAGAGGAGGAGGAAGAGGAAGAAGAAGA